GUCAUUUGAAAAACUAGAUGUCCGUUCUAUCGAUAUGCAUCGCUUUGCCCGAACGGCAAAACUAUAAAAGGGUCCACUGCCAUAUAUUAAACGCAUAAAAUUACUUUCAACAGUCUUUCAGCUAUCUUACCUCUCUUUUUCGCGAUGAAAUGAGUAUCCCGGGACUUCAAGGAGGCACGUUUGUGCCGAAUAAGGGCCUGUGUAUCAACCAUGCGUUUCGGUUGGGAUGACCUGGCUAUUAUGGGCAUCGGAUGCAUUAUCGGCUAUUUCACCUUCAGCGGCAUCUACGAGGAAAGCUUUGUACUAUGGAGAGCACAGAAAAUGGAGAACCUUCUGACAACCAUAGAGAAAUUUUCUGAAGAGAAGGCUUCUCAGAAGAAACACUUGGAGGAUAUUGAAGCUGAGAGACGAGUGUAUUCAGAGAAACUAUCAGCAAUUCGCAGCAAAUGUUGUCAACUCAGAGAUGACAUUGAGAAGCUCAUGAAAUCCAGGACUGACACAACCACAGUGAAGAGGGCGAUUUUAGCAAGAACACAAAUUCCUGAAGCAUCUGUUGCAGAUGUCACCCCUACUGACAAAUCUGAGCUUGUUGAUGUCAAGGAAAAAAUAGCACAAGUCAUUCAGCAACUCGGGCCUGGAAUCAAAGGUCCAAACAAGGUCCAAGUCAAGCAAAUGCUGCGCAACAGCAGAGACGAAAUUGUUGCCAAAAGACGCAUUUGGCGAAUUCAACUGGAUUUGGCAGAAAUUGAGCAACAACUCAAGUCGGAGAGUCGGCUGAGCGAACUCAAGAAACUCGGAUUAUCCGACUCUGAUGAUUCAUGAAUAAUAAUAGCAAUAUAAUAAUGCUAAUUAUUAUCAUCACGCGGGUGCAAUUUUCAUUCAGAAUAACCUCGAGCCAGUGCUUUUGACCUUGUAAGAAUUUUUGUUUUUGUUUUUCGCC